UUCGAAGCCACGUUGGCACGAUUUCGACGGCGUUACUGCGUGAACUCGUCCGUGUAUUGUGACUUUCGACGACUUGGUGGCGUUGAUCUCAGAAGGCACAUCGAGUGGAAUCGCGUCGCAGCGAGAACGAUUCGACUAUCUCGGCUCGUUGUUCUUCUCCGGCACGGGUUUGGUUCAUCCACGCCGCGAACGGAUGCUGGACGAGUUCUCACGAUCCUCUACGGUGUGGUCGGCUGCACGAGUUGUGUGUUGUUCUUCAAUCUGUUCCUAGAACGAUUCGUCACCGCUCUUUCGUAUUUGUUGAGAUAUUUCCAUGAACGAAAAAUACAACGACGAAUGAUGAAGAACAGUAGUAUGAAUAAACCAGUGACGUUACUAAUCAAUAACGAGGAUUACUGCGAAUCUGCGAGCUCGUGCGAAGGUGCGAUGGAUUCGUGGCGGCCGUCGGUGUACAAAGUGUUCUUCUGCCUUUUCAGUAUCUCCGCGUUGUUGAUUAGCACGGCGGCGCUCAUCUAUUCACAUGUUGAAGAGUGGGCCUACAUUGAGGCGUUAUAUUUUUGUUUUAUAAGUUUUGCAACGAUCGGCUUCGGCGAUUAUGUGUCGAACCAGAAGGACGUCACAAAAUACUAUGUAUCGAGAACCAGGAAGAGACGUCACAAAUAA